AUGCUGGCCCCCGCUCAAACUGCUUUUAGUUUAGCUGAAUCUGAAUUAAUUAAAAUCAAAAAACUCAUAAAGAUUGGCGAGGACGAACAACGGGUCGCACUGGUCCAGUUCGCUGGAAGCACACAUCAACGUGUAGAAUGGACAUUUGAUACGUUCGACAAUGCAAGGGACGUUGCCGAAGCACUUGCUCAAGUCCGGCAUUUCACUGGAACAACAUAUAUCGGUCGAGCGCUGGAGAAUUCGAUCGGCAUUUUGGAAACUCGCCGGCAAGGAGUACCAACAAUUGUGAUUCUUGUCAGUGAUGGAUUCUCACAGGACGAUGCGAGCAGACCUGCAGAAGAAAUUCGCCAAAUGUCAAAUGUUGAUUUCUAUGCAGUGAGCAUGUCGGAUCUCAAUAACUUCGACUAUUUGGCAAAACUCACGGACGACCCGACAAAAGUAUACGUUGGGCAACGAAGUGAAGAUUUGAAACAAGAUCUGCUCAAACUGAUCCGUUGCAGAACGUAG